AUGAAUGAGCCUACGAGCUCAACUUCUACUUUAGAAACGAAACCUCCGACCCGCCCAACCAAACCUGAUCGAUCUCAAAUCUCCUUUUAUCAACGUCAGCUACCAGAUGGUUGCAUUCCAUUCACUUCCGAAGCUGGCAAAUCACUCUUUCGUCAAGCCCUUGACUCUGGUCAUCUUGAAGCUUUCUUUCCUCUCUCAUCUCAACUCGUCACUCAACACGAACCUUCUUUUUGUGGUUUAGCCAGUCUAUGUACCGUUCUCAAUGCUCUCGGUGUAGAUCCUCGUCGGGUUUGGAAACAUCCAUGGCGUUGGUACGAACAAGAUAUGCUUGAUUGUUGUCGUCCACUAGAGGCAGUUCAAAGGGUUGGAAUCACUCUUUCGGAAUUCAAUUGUUUGGCUCGUUGCAAUGGCUUGAGAGUUUACUCUUCAUACCCUCAACUAUCCAAUGAAUCAGAUCACUCUUCUGGUAUUUCACUUGAACAGUUCAGGGCUCAGAUCGAAGAAUCAACCAGAACGCCUAGCUCGUUCAUGGUGGUAUCUUUUUCACGCUCUGCACUUGGUCAAACUGGCGAUGGUCAUUUCAGUCCGAUCGCUGGCUAUGAUCCUACCACGGAACGUGUACUAGUGCUCGAUGUGGCUCGCUUCAAGUACCCCAGUUAUUGGGUUAAAUUGGAAGAUCUAUACAAUGCUAUGCGACCGGUGGACUCAGCUACAGGUCUCCCACGAGGGUUUUCAGUCUUAUCU